CAAAAACAAACCUCGAUCCCCCCACCGACUAUCUACUAGAUACUCCACUCCGUUUCACUUACCACUACCACUACCACACCACCAUCACGACCACAAUCACUACCACUACCGCCAUUUCCCUUCUCCCACGGAGAGCGAAAAUGUCUCCCAAGGAGACCCAGGAGACCCAGGAGAUCCGGGAGAUCCGGGAGUUGCGCAGGCAGCUGGAGGAAGAGCAACAACGACGACGUGAAGAGCAACAACGACGACGUGAAGCGGAGGACCAACUGAGGCGUACCACUCUGCCCGAAUUCCUCGACGCGUGCCAUGUGCACCUAUCCCUCGGGCUGACCGUCCAGCAGGACAAACAGUCCUCGACCAAGGGCGAUCCCGCCAACGCCGACCAGAAACUCCGCCCCACCUGGAUUCGAGAGUGGGCCGACUUCCCCACCGAGCAAAUGGCCAUCUGGGAGGACCUCAUGGAUUUCGACUUUUUGAACGAACGACACUUCACCCCCUUGGGAGCCUUGAAAGAAUAUGGCAAAGAGGUUCGGGAACGGAUGGUUAGUUCGGAGCUGGAUUUGGGUUAUUUUCUCAGACAGACCCUCGAGUCCCGCGUGACGUCCGUGAUCAAGCAACUGCACGCAAACCCCAGGCUUCGACAGACCUUUUGCCUGAAAGGAGACAUUUCUUUCGAAAACCACGCCAAUAGCCUGACGGACGAGACGAAUCUCGUCUCGGAUUUGAGUUCGCUGAGCCUCACCCAGUCUCAUCCCCGCCGCUCCCGCCGUUUGGCCGCCAAGUCGCAGCCACCAGGGCAAGAUCGGAAUGCCGCACCGCAGAAGAUUUCCCGACCCCGGGCUGACCAGUUCUGUGUAUAUAAUAAAGGCCCGGACGGAAAGGUCCCGGCCUUCAUCAUUGAGUACAAGGCACCGCAUAAGCUGUCUCUUGCGCACAUCAAGGCCGGUCUACAAGACAUGAACCUUGACGACGUGCUCCGCCUGAAAGAGGACGAAUCUCCAGAAGAUACCUGUCGUCGGGUGAUAGGGGCAGUGAUCACUCAGGCCUUCUCCUACAUGAUCCAAGCGGGGCUUGAGUAUGGCUAUGUAUGUACCGGGGAAGCUUUCAUCUUUCUGCGUGUACGUGAUGACGACCCUUCCACCGUAUACUACUUUCUGUCGAUCCCAGAAGAGGACGUCGGACAAACAACCGGAUGGACGGGCAACCUAGAUUCUGACAACCGGCUACAUCUAACCGCGCUCGGCCAGGUAGCGGCUUUCACCGUCCGCGCUCUGCGAACACCAACCCGUCAUGCCGCCUGGAUAGCAUGGGCGACGCGUAAGCUGAAGACCUGGGAAAUGAUAUAUGAUGAACUCCUGGACGAAAUUCAGGAGAAGGACAUUCCUUCUUCGGUUUUCAAACCACCGACGCGGAGUCGGAUGGAAUACUGCCGUACAUCUCCUGUCAAGACCCGCUCCAAGGCUGCCGGGGCGACGGUCUGUAAUCCGCCAGAAGAUACCAGGUCGCUUGAGGAUGAUGAUGAUGACGAUGUUGAAGAUGGCUUUGAUCCUAACACGCCCAGUCGGCGGCCGCCUCGGCUGCCUCGUCGCCCACUCGAUCCCUCAUCCGCAACGACAGAAACACAAUCGCAAACUUCACAGUCUAAAGGCAAGUCUCGACAAUAUUGUACCCAGCAGUGCCUGCAGGGACUGGUCAAAGGAGGCAAAUUAGAUUGGCAAUGUCCGAAUGUGUUAGCCCAUGGAGUGGAUCGACAUCGAUUAACCCCAGCAACUCUCAUUCAUCGGCUGGACCGGCAAUUCUCCAUGAAUAUUCGGCCGGAUGGGGACAUGGGGUGCGAGUCACUUCACAUUCAUGGAAGUCGCGGGGCGCUGUUCAAAAUCACUCUAUGGUCACAUGGCUAUACAUUUGUCGGAAAAGGCUCGCCGGUGGAGUUUGUGGCGGGGCUGAAACAUGAGGAGCUCAUAUAUUCACAUCUUGCUCCAGUACAAGGAGUGUACGUGCCGGUGCUUCUCGGCAGCCUGCGACUUCGCCAUCCAUUCUCCUAUGAUGGUAUCGCCGAGAUGGUUCAGCUGAUGUUCAUGAGCUACGCGGGGAAGAGUAUUGCACGCUCGCACCGUGUUGAACGUGACCAUCUCAUCCAACAAGCAGAGAAAUAUUUACAAGCGAUCCAUGACCUACACGUCCUUCAAGGUGAUCCCAUCCCCGGCAACAUGGUCGAGGAUAACGGUCGGUUAAUGUUCAUUGACUUUGAGCGGGCAACGCUGCAAAACCGACGAACGCCAUUAGGAGGCGUUUCCUUGAAUCCCAAGCGGGAGGCCUCCACCUGGGAGAAGAGUCACAGGCGGCUCAGCUGUUUUGAGCGCGAGAAACGACGUAUGAGAAGUGAGAUGUGAUCCGACCCUUCUCUCAGACUGAAGUGGUGGGUACUGGUAAUAUAAUGAGUCAUGACAUUGUUACGAAGCAACUUAAUCAGCACUAAAUAAGAUUUUGAAAUAAUCAAGUUGGAGGCAAUUAAAUUAAUUAAAAGUCACUGUCAGGGCUUCUACAGAGUUCAACCGAGCAGGACAGAGAACUUCCAUUCAUGCAU